AUGAAGCAAAUAGACAUUAGAAACAUCUCAAAGAAACAAACAUGUACUGACACAUUAAUGAAACCCUCGGAAAAUGAUACUCUUCAAUUGAAUUUAACCUCUGAACCUGAAUCUCCAUAUUAUAUGGCCAGUAUACAUCCACUCCAUAUCGACCUUAACAAUUUAGUUCGAGCGCGCAUGCUCAAAGGCUCACCUAUACCUGUCCCUCCUAUCAACCCUCACCCAUACACAUACUUAAUCCGACCCCCGGACUGUCAUUACAAGACAACGGACAACAUAACCAUUGUGAUACUCGUCAAAUCUUAUGUGAAACAUACAAUCCAACGUUAUGCCAUCCGCGAGACCUGGGGCCGAGCUAACACUUACCCUAACGUCAAAAUCGCCUUCUUGUUGGCUGCUGUGAAGAAUUUCCAACGAUACGUUGAAAACGAAGCUUCUUUGUACAAUGACAUCAUACAAGAGAAUUUCACUGAUAACUAUUGGAACAACACACUCAAGACGAUAAUGGCAUUUAACUGGGUGACGGAGUUUUGUUCUGAAGCAAAAAUCAUUAUUUUCGUCGAUGAUGAUCAUUUACUACAUAUGGAAAAUGUACUUUCGUUUCUAAGAUCACUUUCAGCUGACACUUUGAAUAAGUUGUAUGCCGGAUAUUUGAUAAAGAAUGCUCGAGUGAACAGAGGUCACAACAGCUCAAUAAUUCCUCUCAGUGAAUAUCCUUAUCCAAAAUGGCCGCCAUAUCUCCGAGGCGGUUUGUUUAUCAUGGCUAUGGACAUAGCCCAGUUGUUUGCGACCGCCUUUCCGUACGUAAAAUCACUUCCGGUGGACGACGUUUAUUUAGGAAUCGUUGCGUUUAAGCUGAACCUCACUAUUGCACAUGAUAGGCGGUUCACACAGAAAAGAGAAAGGAUAAAAAGAUUUAAAAGUACUCACUUCUCUUUCAACGACUAUAAAACACGUGAGACUCUCAUUGCAGCGUGGGGAACAAUUUCACUUCGUGAGACCCACACACAGUUAAUCAGACAAGUACAUUAUAAAGACAAAUUGCAUCAGACUACUUCCGGAAGGGAUGUCAGUGGUAAACAAUUGAAACAAGUCACGUGA